CUGACUCGACGUACUGUACCAAGCUCUAUAUAUUAACACUCUAGGCUACGUACAACUCCACAUUUGAUCCAUUUGUAAAAAUACCCGACAUGUCCUCAUCUCAAUACCACGUCUUCUCCCUACCAAAGGAAUUGCUGGAUACUUUGAUCCCUCGCAACGACUUCGAUCAAGCGCAAGCAUCACCUCCCGAAGCUCGAUCCGAGUCCCCUGUGCCGGCGGCGGCCUCUGGCGCAAGCUCGCGCGCAUGCAAUGUCUGUCUUGGUGCUAUGUUUGCAGAUGUGGAUGAGCAGCGCGCACAUUAUCGCUCCGAUUGGCAUAGAUAUAAUGUCAAGGUCAGGCUGAACGGCGGCGCGCCGGUGUCGGAAAGUCAAUUCGCUCAGCUUGUAGACGGACUGGAGGACUCCAUCUCAGGUUCUGCAUCCUCGUCGGAAGGGGACUCUGAAGACUCGGAUGCGGUCGCGACGCUCAUACACAAAACGCGCAAGCUCGCGCGGUCUCCCUCUCCAGACUCUGCAAUAACUACUGCCCCGCAGACACCCCUCGCGUGGUUCCACUCGCCUCCGUCCACCCAAGUCGGCGUCUACAAAGCGCUGUUCCCAUCUGGGACCCCCGCGCCGUCGUAUCUCGAUGAGCUGAAGGAGAUGCAGAACGGUGGAGAUCGCGGCCGCACAUGGGCGAUGUUCAUGACUGCAGGGGGGCAUUUUGCUGGUGCCAUUGUUCGCGUCAAGGCUGCCGAUAGUGAAGUCGAUGAUCAAGGCGGUCUGACGAAAAAGGGCAAACCACGGAAGCCAAAGCCCGACACUGAAGUCUUGAAACAUAAGACAUUCCAUCGCUACACUACACGUAGGAAGCAGGGUGGCGCACAGUCGGCGAAUGACAAUACAAAGUCCAAGGCCGUCAGUGCUGGUGCCAUGCUCCGUCGCUAUGGCGAGCAGGCUUUGCGAGACGAUAUCCGAAAUCUCCUGCAAGAUUGGGCCGAAGAAAUAGACGAGUGCGAACGUAUUUUCAUCAGGGCGAGUAUCUCGAAUAGACGCAUUUUCCUUGACUAUGAGAACGCAGUCAUAUUGAAGGGUGAUGAACGCCUGCGUACAUUCCCUUUCCCCACGCGACGUCCGACCCAGUCGGAGCUAUUGCGCUGCUUACUGGAACUCACUCGUGUCAAGGUCUCUCACUUGACGGAGGAGGCGCUACGUGCGCAAGACGAGGCCUAUCUCGCUUCUCUGCCGAAGCCGAAGCCGAAACCCCCGACCGCUGCUCCACAUGAGCCUGCGAAGCCAAAAGAGAAGCAACAGCAGCUCACGUCUGAAGAAAUAUCGAUGAGGGAGAAAUGGGGUCGCCUGCUUGAGAUGGUUACCAAAGGCCGUCUAGAUGCUCUGAAAGCGUUUUGGGAGCGCGAGGGCACUAGUCUAGGAGGCGUGGACACCGCCGUGCCAGAAUGGACAAACGAGAGGGGUGGUACACUUCUGCAGAUCGCCGCGCGUCACGGCCAGGCAGAACUUGCGAAAUGGCUACUCGAGGACAUGCGUGCAAACCCGACUUUGGACGUUCCCGUAGGCGCCGGAGGGGAAGACGAAGGGCAGAUGUCCGAUGCGUCCGAUGCCCCUGCGCUCCUGGCGGGCUCACGACGGACCGCGUACGACCUUGCGCGCAGCCGUGCUGUGCGUGACGUGUUCAGACGCUGCGCCGCCGUUCAUGCCGACUGGUGGGACUGGCUUGGGACGGAGAAGGGCGCGCGGGUACCCAGCGUUCUCAGCACAGAGAUGGAAGAGGGGCGAGAGGAGAAGAAGAAGGCGCGGCGGAAGGGGCUGAAGGAGCGCGUGAAGGAGCGCGAGGUCAAGGAGAAGGAGAAAGAGGGGCGUACGCCUAGCCCGGUGCCAGAGGUCGCGCCGUCGCGCACGACAACAGCUCAUGCAGAGUCUGCGGCUGGGCCAAGGAGGCUGGGAGGCUCUGCAGGUGCUGCUGAGAGUAUCGCGGGGUUGACACCGGAGAUGAGGGCAAGGAUUGAGCGGGAGCGAAGAGCGCGGGCGGCGGAAGCACGUCUGAAAGCACUUGGCGGUAAAUGAACGUUUAAUCUUUGAACGCUGUAGCCUUAUACUAUGUAGCGCACGACAUCGAAUAUUUGCACACGCGAUUUC